UCUCGUCUUGUCACCCUGCUGUGCCCACUUGGUGUCACCUGCUCUUCUUCCAACCUGCCAUGGAAAUAAAAAACAAACAAAAAACAAAACCCUGAGGCUGAGGCGGGGACGUAUCGGGUGUUUCACGAGAAACGAAAACGAAAGUCGCUUCUGAGAGUACAAAAGAGCGGCGGCGGGCUCUGCCCUCAUUCUACCGACAGACUUGAAGGUGCUGGUGAAGAAAGGAAGGCGAGCCUGCUGCCGAGAAAUUCUCAUCACACAUCGUGACAAAAUGGGAGUUCAAGGAUUAUGGGGUUACGCUGAUCAAAGGCCAGAAUUUUUCAGAGAUGUAAAGCUGAUGAACACCAAGAUUAUCAUUGAUGGCAACAACUUUUAUUUUAAAUUUUACCACAACUCGUGUCUCGAUGAGCGACACGGAGGAGAUUACGACUUGUACGCGGAGGCUUUAAAGAGGUUUUUCCAAACUCUGUCCUCCUGCAACAUUCAACCGUACGUUGUUCUGGAUGGCUGCUGCAACCACACUGACCAGAAAUUAGAAACGACUAAACUGCGGGCCGAAGGGCACAUCAAAAGUGCACAUGACCUCUCAAUGGGGCACAAAGGUAGGCUACUGCCACUGCUGUCGAGGAAUGUCUUCAUUCAGGUCUUAUCGAAACUUGGGGUUCCGUUGGUCCAGUGCUUGUUGGAAGCGGACACGGAGAUCGCUGCCUUGGCCAAUCAAUGGAAUUGUCCGGUCUUGUCAACAGACACGGAUUUUUUCAUCUUUGACCUCAAGGGAGGAUUUUGUCCCCUGACCCAGUUUAGGUGGGAGAGCGCCUCACAGGGGCACAUCCCGGCUCGGUGUUAUUUCAUCGAAAAUUUUUGUGCUCAUUUCAAUGGAAUGAAUAAGGAUCUCCUUCCUCUGUUUGCUGUGAUCCAUGGCAAUGAUUAUUCCGAUAUGAAAAUGAUGUAUCGCUUUGUCCGUCACGUGGCCUCCAGUAGCCACACGUCGGCAUAUAGAGGGAAGAAGCAGGCCAUUAUCCAUAGCCUUCUGACAUGGCUGUCACCGUUGCAUAACCUAAAAGUCGCCAUGGAGAACGUGCUGAAUGUUCUGCCUGUCUCUGACAGAGGAGUGGCGCAAGAAUAUCUCUCCUCCCAAAUGCAGGUGUAUAAAAUACCGGAAAGAAAUCUGUCAGGUUUUUUCACAAGCGGGGCGUCUACGACCGAUGACAUCCAGCUGAGAUCACUGGUGCUGCACUGGGCUCUCGGCGCAUUAGAGAAAGCACAGCUGCCUAAAACGGUCGUCGAUCUUUUAGUUCUGCAACGGGUUUUCCUGAUUCCUCAAGUCGAGAACUCCGAGCGGCCGAACGCCCACACGUGCGCCUUGCCAAUCAGGAGAGCUUUUUAUGGGAUGAUUUUAAAUGGGCGACGGCACUCGUCGACGAGUGGCCCUGGUGGUGAUGGAGUGGAGGCUGCACCGUGUGUCGUGGAAGAAUACGGCAGAGAGAAACGAAACCUCACGAUGAGCCGUGUGGAAGCAACACCGCCACAUUCAGCGAAAGGCGUUUCACUGGAGCAAAUCGAGAAGCUUCCAUUGGCUAGACGCCUGCAGAUGUUCUUGGAGAUUCUGGGGGUCAGCUCUUCGACGGUGGAGGAAGUUCCUCGGCACCUGAUUUUCCCCGUGUACGUCACCCACUUCUGGUUGAUUCACUCAGAUCCUCGUCCGAGCCUUCAGCAUCUGCAAGCAAUUCUGGUGGGAAUCGCAGAAGGCUCAACGGCUUCUUCAGGGGAUGCGCUUCAGGAACUUCUGACGAGCCCCCAGAAGCCCCUCGACCAGGAUGCCGCCCACAUCUUCAGCCAGUGGCAAGCGACUUUACAGAUAAGCCUGUAUCUGAAUCAGCUGCUGUGCCGUCCAUUGGAAGAGCCCGAAGUGUCCGGGCUUUACAGCGGCUCUCUGGUGCACGCCGUCUUCAGGAGGCUAAAUCUGCCGACUUCUCCCAAGGCCCUGCUGUCAGGGUCGGCCUUUGAGAUUUUUGGGGUUCUUCUCCGGGCGGUGCACACUGGCAUCCCCGACAAUUAUUUUUCCCCCCGUAGUACACACCCACCCCUGCAGCAGUCGCUUCAUAAGUAAGUAAAGAAGGAACAGCAGGCCACAACUUCAGUCAACGUAAAGGAGACCUCGGAGACAUUCCAUCGGUGACGAUCAACCGUCAUCAGCCUGUUUAGCCGACUUAUGACCUUAUGACUUUACAACUGUCCAGCUUACGACUGCUACCACGUCAGGCAGUGUGAGUGUUUCUAAGCUGGGCAUUAAACAGUUUUCACCAUGCCAGCUCUCUUCUUUCUACUUUCUCUAGUUGGCGCUGUUGUAUGCUGUGACUCAUUCAUCUCAAUUUAUUACCUUCAGCAGUUUCAGCUUCCUUCAGUUUAUUAUCAACAUUGAUAAUAAAUUAUAACUCUAACAGUCAGUCAUCUUCCAACCCGCUAUGCACAGGGUCAUGGGGGUCUGCUGGAGCCAA